CCUGCGCGUCCGCGCUGCUGCCGCGGCGACCAUGAUUUUCUUGCUGGCUUUCUUCGCGAGCAUCUUCCAAACAGCUUUUGCUGGGGUGAAUGAACGCACUUUCCUUGCCAUCAAGCCAGAUGGGGUACAGCGGCACCUGGUUGGCGAGAUCAUCCGGCGCUUUGAGAAGAAGGGCUUCAAGCUGGUGGCGAUGAAACUCAUGCAGGCCUCAGAAGAGUUGCUGAAAGAACAUUACAUCUCCCUCCACGAGCGUCCUUUCUUCAGCCGCUUGGUGAAAUUCAUGAGUUCCGGACCUAUUGUGGCCAUGGUCUGGCAAGGGCAGGAGGUAGUGAAGACUGCGCGCAUGAUGAUUGGCGAAACCGACCCAGCCGAUUCCAAACCUGGAACUAUCCGGGGAGAUUUCUGCAUUGAAGUGGACAAGAACGUGGUUCACGGCAGUGAUUCGGUAGAGAGCGCUCAGCGAGAAAUUGCACUCUGGUUCCAUUCCGAUGAGCUGAUCUGUUGGAAAGACAGCAUGGAGCACUGGAUAUAUGAAUAAAAAAAAAAAUCUCAGGUGUUGCUCCUGUGGUCUGGACUUCCCCAACUUGGAAUCUUCCAAACGUAUUGGACGCUGCCUCGCGUCAAACAGAGCACCAGCUGAGAAAAUCUGUUAUAGCCAUUGAGUCUAACGUUAGAAUAAUAUCUGUGAGCUACAAAAGCAGAAAUAUGCAGAAGUCUUCCAGUCAAAUAUUGUUCUUCAAAUGUCCUUCUUACAGGGCUCCAUUAAGUGUUCCAGCACU